CGUUCAUCAAGCUGGUAGUUAGACAUGCCCGCGCAUUCAUACAACCGUUAGGACAAGCACACCUCAAUAGUGGCUGAGGCCAUAGAGACAGUGAACAGGACCGAAAAAUUGUCUUUCCGAGGCUCAUUCACGAAAGUGCACCGAGCCGGGCAGGCCUUCCUGAGCAACCGUCCCUCCCCCAGCACACGAGCCACCAGCAUGUUGAAGAAGGCGACGACUCUAGCCAAGAUCCGCGCUCUCCUCGAAGACGAUAAGGGCGAAGUCUCCUCCCAUCCCUCUGAAGACCAGGUUCGCGAAGCGAAGAUAAGUUUUUACCAGCAGUUCUGGGGUUUUCCCUUGGUUAACGAAGGCACUAUCGGCCUGGAGGUCCAGCAUGACGUGGCAGAGGCAGUCAUCGACGGAGAUGAAAAUCCAACGCGCAGUCUGUCAAGCUCCACCCAUAUUCCGUCGUUGCCGUCCCGUUAGUGAGAGCCUCGUCAGCCGUCGCCUCGUCCUUUGUUCGCCCCAGAAGAGGGCGAAUCUGCAGUCGAGGAGGCGAAGACGGCCACGAAGAGUCACAAGUCCAAGAAGAGAAAGUCCAAGUCCAAUACCCAAGAGGAAGCGUUCCUCUUCGCUUACAGCGCCGACUCCACGCGUUAUUUUCGCUUCUAGCUCACCAUGGGUACUUUACAAGUUGUUGCCGACACCACGCGUUAUUUUCGCUUCGAGCUCGCCGUGGGUACUUUGCAGGUUGUUGCCGACGACUUGAAGGCCCUUUUCAAGGAGGCUGCCCUGAGAGGUGUCAGCGUGAACGCGUUGGCUUAUCCGUGGGCCGAUUCUAAAGUGUGGCAUGACCAGGUCUCCUUCAUACAUAUCCACGUUGAACACUGGCGUUGGUGGUUGAAGUUCCGCCAAGCGUUCUUCGAUUGGCAGUUGUACAUCCCCUACCCGUCGCAACAGCUCCUAAGCGUCCACCGAAAGCUCAAGAUGCAAGCGCAUAUCGACAGGAUCAAGUGCCUCAGUUGGUGCAUCCAGACUUCAGGAUAUUACAGCUUCCUACGUCAGUUUGAGGCCUGCACUAGCAAUCGUCGGCUCAUGUGGAUGGGAGGUCAUCCUGGGCGGAAAUCUAGUGACCCGAAACCGUACUACGGUCUGGGUAUCGAGAAUCUUCGCGAGCUGCGGCGUCGAGAUCUGAGGCUUACGUCGGGGAAACGAAGAUUGCGCUUCAACCGUUCCACCUAG